AAGUUGCUCACGCCCCACACCCUGCCAGAACGCCGGGUGUGGGGUUGUCAUAGGGUCUCAAAGGCCCAGUGGCGGCCGCCCUGGGGAGGGGCGCGGUCCACAGCGGCCUUAGGACCGGGGUAGGCCGCGGCGCACAGCGUGCGACGCGGGGUAACGGGAACCUCGAGUCCCGCACUAAUUGGAGCCGACUCGGCGCUGGAGGGAUCGGCGGGAAAUGGCGGACGAGGCGUUGUUUUUGCUUCUCCAUAACGAGAUGGUGUCCGGAGUAUAUAAGUCCGCCGAGCAGGGGGAAGUGGAAAAUGGACGGUGUAUUACUAAGCUGGAAAACAUGGGGUUUCGAGUGGGACAAGGAUUGAUAGAAAGGUUUACAAAAGAUACUGCAAGGUUCAAGGAUGAAUUAGACAUCAUGAAGUUCAUAUGUAAAGAUUUUUGGACUACAGUAUUCAAGAAACAAAUUGACAAUCUAAGGACAAAUCAUCAGGGCAUAUAUGUUCUUCAGGACAACAAAUUUCGACUACUCAUUCAGCUGUCUGCAGGAAAACAGUAUUUAGAACAUGCAUCCAAGUAUCUAGCGUUUACAUGUGGCUUAAUCAGAGGUGGCUUGUCAAACUUGGGAAUAAAAAGUAUUGUGACAGCUGAAGUAUCUUCAAUGCCUGCCUGCAAAUUCCAGGUGAUGAUACAGAAGCUGUAGAGUGAGGUGGUGACUCCUGGGCAGAACAUUGUGCAUCCUGAUUUCACCUUCUCGUUGGAUAUCUGCGUUGGAGCAAAUCGUUAGCUCACCAGAGUCACUAGAGCAAAUCAAAGUAGAUACAGGUCCUUUGACAUAAACUAACUGAACUGUUCAAAGCGAUUUCAGUGAACUAAACGCCAAGAUGCCAGGCUCUUCAUUUUAAACAUCUUUAUUUCCGUAGUAUGAUAAGCAUUUAACCAUCAAUUGGGAAGUGAAACUCAGGGUGUGUUGAAUUGCUGUAUAAAAAAGUACGUGUCAAUCAGAAUAGUUUGUGUUCAAAUGACCAAAAUUUGUUGAAGUAUAAAUCUGUUUUAGUUAUUUAAAACAAACAAACCAGUAUGUUAAAUUAAGCUUCAUUUUUAUUGUAUUGCUUAUAAUUUAUUUCUGUCAAGAGAAUUCCUAUGCUUAUAUAAGGAUUUCAUUUAUACAUUGUGUAUAUAUGUGUAUAUAUAAAUACAUGCAUUACUGUCUAAA